AGUGUGAAGGGAGAGCCGAUCACGGAGGAGCCAAGCAGCCCUUUGGAAGCCACCAGUCCCGGUUCUAUUCUACGCAACAACAACGCGGGAUGGCUCACGUGAAAAGCCAACGGGCGUGUGAAUCACAGAAAAUCGGCGGGCAGGUUCGCGCUAGAAAAAAGUUUUCCUCGUAAAAAGGGAAGAAGAAGGAGAAGAAGAGAGAGAGAUAAAAGAUAACAGGGGUAGAAAAGAAAGAAGAGGAGCAACCGCGAGAAACGACAGAAACCUCGAUGUAAAGGCGAUCUCGAUCCCGAUCGCGAUUCCCGAAAAAUAAUGGGUUGAACUUUCGGCCAGCGUUCUCCAUUCGUAUGCAAGAAGUUGAAAUGGAAAUUCCGGAAAUGGAAACGAUAAGCCGCUUAGCCGCUGGCCGCGUCCUUAACGAACCCUUCAGACGGGUUCUUUCGGAAACCGCGCUUUUAAGUUAUCAAUAGAAGAAACGACUUGCGAGAAGUAGGAAGUCGAAAUCAGUGUUCAGUGACAAAGUGCGAAGUCCUCGAGGAUAACAGUGAUAACAAGUAACAUCUCAAACUGUUGGAAAUGCGAAGAUAUUUAUUUGAAAAGGAAAAAAAAAAAUUGCUCCCGUCAAACGACUGUGCUUACAUUUUCCGUUUGUUCAUUCGACUCCGAGCCGAUCGUGUCGUCGAUCCUUAUCGCUCUACUUGCUUGUAGAUUCUGUCCAUUAUUUAUAAGCGAAGAAUCUAGCGCGCGCGUGCGAGCGUAAUAGUCGUCUUCGAUUUUUCCUUCACCGUCGCGCUCUCGUCACGUCUCUUUCUCCUGGCUAUUAACUCCGCGGAUGAAUUAAAUCUCACCGGCCGCGGUGCGAAUGCAAAUGCAAGAAACACGAAGGCGGGAGAAAGGACGAUUGCCCGACGGAGAGACGUUAAUGCUCGCGAGGAAACGUAACUGACGGUGUCAAGAACCUCGCAAAAAGUUGCGAAGAAGACGAGCGGGCGGGAAAACGUUUGUUCAGCCGAUUUUCAGCCGGGCUAAAGAUACUUGAGGGAAAUUCAUCGAAAACACAAAAGUAACCUCUGCGACAAGUCGGAAAGAAGGUAUCGAUUUUCGGAAAGCGAUGCUCGAACGAGCCGUUGAACCGCAAAAUACACUUCCGCAAAAUGCAAUAAAACAGCCCCGCCAAUGACGUUCGACGCAUCCUGCGAGUUCUGCCGAUUCAACUUGCGCGAGGCGUCGAACCAAGAUGUUAUCGCCGAUACGCGUCAAUGGAAACGUCUUACGUAACGAAGGAACGUUACAUCGAUUUGUGUUCAAGUGACGGGGUUCAACGAACGGAGUCUCAAGUGUCGAGACUUGCAGGCGCCGAAUAAUCAGCCGAAAAAAAAUAGCGCUAUUUAUGAGAUCGGAACCGGUCGCGCGGGUUUGACGAUUCUCGCCGGGAGCAAACGGUUUCCCUCAAUUUUCCGUCCGUCCGCAGGAUCGAGGAGAGCGGGCUCGCAGCGGGGACACUCGUGGCAAGGAUCAAGAGGAGCGCGGAGCGCGCGAUCACACGCGAAUGCUGAAUGCCGCCGGCCGCAGGCGGGAACAUCGCCAGCAAGCGCGACGCGCACCACGCUCUGCUCGCCGCCGGCGCCGCCGCCGACGCCGUGAUCGUUCGCACGUACGCUCGAUGCUCGUACAAUGGACGUUUUCAAACUCGAUCAGUCGCUGAGCGCGGGUUUGGGCAGCGCCCCGGCGCCGGACACCCUCACGCCGGAAGUGUCGUUCGACGCCGGCAGUGAGUUCAACUUGAGCUUCUUCGACGGCCCGGAGGAGAACAACAGCACCCAGGGCUUCAGCGAUCCCGGUUCCGUGGGCAGUGCCAGCGCCUCGCCACCCCCCGGCACACCCGGUAGCGCCAUCCCUUCCGCCGGCAACCCUGCCGCCGCCGCCGCCGCCGCCGUCGCCGCCGCCGCCGCCGCCGGCGUUAAUAAUCCGAGCGCACCGCCGCUGCCGAUUGUCCAAGUGCCCUCCGCUGGCAUCGUCAUUAAACAAGAGCAACAUUACGCGGCAGCUGAUUCCAACAGUUCGACACCCGCUAAGAGCUUUGUACCCUGCAAGGUCUGCGGUGAUAAGGCGAGCGGUUAUCAUUACGGCGUUACUAGCUGCGAGGGUUGCAAAGGCUUCUUCAGAAGGAGUAUACAGAAGCAGAUAGAGUACAGGUGCUUGAGGGACGGCAAGUGUCUCGUCAUCAGAUUAAAUCGGAACCGUUGUCAGUACUGCAGAUUCAAGAAGUGCCUAGCCGUCGGCAUGUCCAGAGACUCCGUGAGAUACGGCAGGGUGCCGAAACGUUCGAGGGAACGCGGCCCCGAGGAUACGAUGGCGACGACUAUGACGACGACCACAACGACAACGACGAUGGCGGCCAUGGAAAUGCAGCAACUGACUACACCCGAUACCGGCAACAACAACGCCAACAACAAGAACAACAAUAACAACAACAACAACAAUAACAACAACAAUAAUAACAGCCAGAACGCGAUUUCGCGAGUGCCAACGGCGGCGGUGGUCGAGGCCGAUCAGUCGGACGCUGACGUGAAGCCGCUGGCCGUGUACGAUGUGAUACACCAAGUGUCGCAGGCGCAUCACGCUCAUUGCGGCUUCACGGAAGAGUCUACCAGAGGUCUCACACGGAAACCUAUGAUAAUACCGCCCGCCAGCCCGGAGGACCCGGAAGCGGCGUCGUCGACCGCGGAGACGGUCGAGUCGCAGAGGAUCUGGCUGUGGCAGCAAUUCGCCACGCGAGUGACGCCGUCGGUGCAGAGGGUGGUGGAGUUUGCGAAGCGGAUGCCGGGAUUCUGCGAGCUCUCGCAGGACGACCAGCUGAUCCUGAUCAAGGUCGGCUUCUUCGAGGUGUGGCUCUGCCAUAUCUCCAAGAUGACCAACGACAAUUCGAUGACCUUCGAGGAUGGCACCUACUUCACUCGACAGCAGUUGGAACUGAUGUACGAGCCCGAUUUCGUAUCCGCGCUGAUGCAAGUCACGUCGUCGCUGAACGCCCAUCAACUGACGGACACCGAGCUGGGCCUGUUCUGCGCGGUGCUGCUGAGCGAGCGACCGGGUCUGAACGACGUCAAGGCCGUGCAGAGGCUGCAGGAUCGCGUGCUGGAGGCGCUGAGGGUGCAAACGGCGCGGCCCGCCGCCGAAGGGGCCGGCGGUUCCGCCACCACGAUGGCCAGCGUCUCGCAGAGGAUACCCGAGCUGAGAGCGCUCGGCGCCAGACACGCCAGCAUGCUCGACUGGUUCCGCCGGAACUGGACGAAGCUCAAGUUACCGCCGCUGUUCGCCGAAAUAUUCGACAUUCCCAAAUGCGAGGAGGAUCUGCAAUGAAGAGAGUCUUCGUAAGGUACAGCGAGGUUUCUCGAGACCAAUGGUGCCGCGGUGCCGGGAAGGAGUCGCCCAGCGCACACUGCGGCCGCUCCGAAUAUCUAGAAUCGUUCGUUUUAACACGUACAUGGCGAAAUACAGCUGACAUGAUCGCGAGAGAUCAGGAACGAACGGUGAAAACAAGGAACGAAGCACAUGUCUCUGAAGAUUGUCUCCCGUAACGGACACCGGAUAAUUAAACAGAAAAACGAAGGCGCGAUCGUCGAUAGUGGACAUUGGCGAUUAUUCCCGUUAACUUGUCACGGAGAUAUCUCGAUCGUUCAGAGAACAACGCAACGGGAAGUGAAGCAUCUUCGGCGAAAAAUACGACGAGGAAACUCGCCGCAUUAGAAGAUUAAGAUCGCGCGCCUGGACGGCGAAGCAGCCGAUGGCGAUCAUCGCCGGCGUGCUUCGCCGGCAGCGGUCUUUUUAGAAAGCUCCCGCUAAUUUAUCCCAAGAUAUCUCAGUCGCUCGAGUAAUAAUAGCAAGUAACGUUAAGAGAGAAAGGGAUCGCUUUUCGAAGACUCGUGCAAGCAAUAGAACGAAACUUGGACGAGAGUGCAAAGCUCCGUGCAAGCUCCGCGCAAGAUCGGAGGAAGGUUUGCGGCUGCAAUUUGCUCAAAAUCCAAAGGAAAACGGCUUUGUACCAUUCGCCCAGCAAUACCACGAGCAUACAUACGUCACGCGCGUUUCCAAGCGAGCGUGUACACUUACAAAUACUCAAUCGAGGGUGGGAUCUCUUGCGCCGCUUUUUAAUGCCGCGUCGAGCAAACGGGGUGGCUGUUUUGUUGGCGCGCGCGCCACAACGUGCGCCGCACAAAAGCGUAAUCGAGUCAUGGACGUCCGUUCGUGCUCAAGAUUUUAUCGGUCUUUUUUCUUUUUCUUCAGAUAUCUCGUAAGAUUUAAGGAUAGGCAUCCGUGCGGUAUCUCGUCCGAGCGACUUCUAAUUAGAAUCGGCCAGAUGAUAGAAGCGUCAGAAACACCAACUAUACUCAACGGACAUAUCAGAUAUUAAGAUUACCAAGUGUUUUCUUCCCCGCAUCAAGCGUUUCCGAAUAUAUUCACCUCGCGCGCGAGAAUCGGGAGACCGGCGUUAAUCGUGAGUUCAGAUUUCGAUGUGAAGAGUGCAAUAUAUCUUGCAACGGCUGUCAAUUUUUUCAAUAUUACGCAUUUUUCGUUUUUGUUAUGCAUUUUACGCUUGAAUUCUAAAUUCCAGUGAUAUUUUUACGGAUUUUAAAUAUUAUAUAGGCAUCAAAGGUUUCAUAUAAAUUUGAAUAUUUAUGAUAGACAAAAAAGUGUGCAAGCUGCAUGUUAAAUUGUACAACGUUAAUUGAUGAUCAUUCGUUAAAGAUAAAUAAGCGAAGGAUUACGAUUUAACAGGAUAGCUGCAAAAGAGGGAAAAAAUAUCGUGCAAUAAGAAUUUCUUAAUCCUUUACUUGAUGUUUUAUUGCUCUAAUCAAAGCAAUAUGUCUUUAAUCUGUUUAAAAUCAACUAGAUAUUGUUAGAAGUCAAUUUCUAUAUUAUUUAAUUUAGAAGCAAUUUUUAAACCUUUUUAAUUACAGAUUAAAUUCAAUCACAAUUCAUCGGAAAAUGUUCUCAAUUUUAUUCAACGUGCCAAAUAAAGGAUUAAAGUGUCCUCUGACAACGAGUUGUAUGAAUUUUCAGAUUUGGCUCGCUAGAUUCUCGGAUCGCUUGUUGGUUAAUAAAGCCACACUGUUCUGCGCGCCUGAACAUCGAAAGUUGAACUUGUCGAAAAUAGCGCUGGUUUCGAUUUCGUCGCGACGUCGAGAUGAAUGACGAGUGGCUGUACAGCGGCGUGUAGAAACGUGACGAAACGAGCGCGCGAUGAACGCGAGGGGCUCGCGGCUCGCGCGACACACGCGCGAGCGCACAUACGCGUACGCAUACAGCAGCUACACGGGCUUAUGUGUGUAAAUUCGAGUCGCACGGUGAUGCGAAGAGACAUAUACAAAUUUCACGCUCGAGAAGAAAUCUUUAUAGGACGUAUCUCCUUUAUAUAGGUGCAUCCGCUACGAAUCUCAGUCUAUGCAAUCUCUAUUUUUAUUACUCGACAAGUAGAAUAGCGAAUUAUAUCUCGACAUAGAUAUAUACAUAUAAUUAUAUAUCGUCGCACCGCGCUUCGGAAAACUGUUCCAGGCGGUCCGGAUCAAAGUUCCUCAAUCAAUCACGCGGAAAAUUUUGCGCAUUUGCUCGUCGCGACGGAGAAAGAACCACGAUGAAAUCCCAAAUCGCGCUCCAAGAGACGCUAGCGAAACGGACGCGACGAGCCGAUACUUGUGCACGUAUAUACAAAAAUUAACGAACGAAACAUUCUCACACACACACAUACACGUAUAUGUAUACACGUACAAAUUAACGUCCAGAAGUCUCUACCUGAAUCGCGACUCCGUGCGGAAUGAUUCCGAAGCGAGUGCGACCAGCUCUUCAAAUUUUAAACACUAAUAACUCUCUGACAAUGACUAGUGUAUAAUGCAUAACGAUAUAUAAUCGUAUGUGAGAGUAUGCGCCUCUGUGUGUGUGUGCGUGUGUGUGUGCGUGUGUGCAUGCGUGCGUGCGUGCGUGUGUGUACGGUGUGUCUGCAAUAUGUGCGCGCGAGUGCAUCGAAAUACUCAUCCGUGGAACAUGGUAUAAGAGGAAAAAAAAAGAAGUUUAUUAAUAUAGAUAUCACUGUUUUAUCUACAUAAAAAAAAACCGGGCGUACUUAAAGUAACGACGUGACUCGGUUUAUUAUCGCUAUUACUCAAACAAAUCGAAGAUGCUGUUCUUGCGAUAGAAAGGAAGGAAGAAAAGAUUUUUCCAGUCUUUAUCACACACACACUCUCUUUUUCUCGCUCUUUCUCUCUCUUUCUAAGCGCUCACAUCAAGUUGUGAAUAAACAUAUCAUACUUAAUUAAUAUAUUGGACAAAGAGGAAAUAUCAUCGUUUAAUAUAAUAUAAAUAUAUAUACAAAUAUAUAUAUAUAUAUAUAGGAGAAAUAUAUAUAUGUAUAUUGCAUACGAACAUUAUUGAAACUAUAUUGCAAAAAGGAGUAGCUGUUAAUUAACGCGUUAAUGAGCGGAUCGCAGGAUAGGACAUAUCGGCGAUUACAACGCAACGAUUACGAUCACGUGAUAGUGUUCUCUCUCGCUUUUUUAAUUCUAAUCCUCGUAAUCGAUCAUGUGGAAGGUCUCUCGUGAUCCAAAUGUAAAUCGAGCGUGACUUGGUGCUUAUUGAUCGUUACAUUAUUGUUUUCGCUUUCUAUUCGAUCGUCGCGAAACGAGAUGCGAGAUGAGAGAAGUGUCGAUUCAAAUUUCGAAGUGAGAUAGCACGAAUCGGACGUUGACACUGACGUCCUCCAGCGUGUUGAAAUUGGAAGAAGAAGGUGUGAAAGAUCAAUCUCAGCGCAGCGGCGUAAUUUCCAAUGUUUGGGAGUGAAAGUAGGAAGGAAGUAGUAGAGACACGCUUGCGACAUUGUGCGUCAUGUUACAUUGGAUUUUCAAUGUAUACAUACUGAGAAAGAAUAAUGGCUGCGCAUUUUUGUUCAAACUGUGCAAAUUAUAGUUGAGAUUGCAAUACUGCUAUCGUCAUUGUAAUUAUAAUUUCAAUUUAUAAAACCAUGUCGCAUAUUAUACUCCGAAAUUUUUCUAUAAUACAAAACUAUACAUAUUUAAAACUCAUUAUAACUUGCAGUGAAAUUUCCAUGUUGGUUACAUGGUUGGCAGUACUGUGUAUACAAUUAUUGCUAAAUCACAGUAGCAGCUCUCAUUGUGAUUACUUCACUAUGCAAUUAUUGUAAUAUCUUAAACGGCUCCACUCGAACACUCUCUGAACGUUGGAUUUUUUUUCACGCCACUGUGCUGACGGAAAUAUUGAAGAUAAGAAAUUAAAUAUUGUAGAGACAUUGACACCUUCUUCCCGCGAUCGACAUUUUUCUCCCAGUUACGUCACAGUCGUAUUUUUCAAAAUUUCUAGUCUCACGACAAUUAUUCGCCGAGAUAGCAAUCGUGAAUUGAAGAGGUGUUCUCGCAAGCGUUGCUGGAAUAUAUAAUAAACGGCCAAAUACAUCAUAGUAAUAAUAUAGUAAUAUUGUAUUAUUAUGAUAAAAAAAGUAACUCUCUAUCUCUCUCUAUCUCUUAGCAACGGCGCCGGUCAAUCGUCUUUCGUUAUCCUUGCGCCACGCCGAUAGUGUUCCUCCGUGUUCUUGCCGGUUGUUCGCGCGCGAAUCGAUGCUCCACCUUUUUCGGCACGCGUCAAUCCUCUCGCUCUGAUUUCGCCGUCGGCGACUCUUCAUUCUUCGACUUUUAAGCGACUUCGUAGCGACGAUUGGCCGGUAUGAUAAUAGAAAAAAGAAAAAAAACAUGAUAAGAAUGAAACGAUAAUCGAGUUAAUGUGCUUCGAAGCAGGAGGAGAAGGAGCCGGCAAGGGCAAGGCUUUUGGGACUCAAAAUCGAAAUGUUUAACAAUUCUACAAUAGAAUAGCGUGUGAAUCUGCAGGAUUGCGUGCGCACGUUUAGCUCUUGUCGGUUCUUCUCUUGACGUCCUGAUUUCAUAUCGAAGAGUCUUUUCAUUUUCUUUAAUCUCUAUUCUUCUCGAACUGCGAGACACUAUGUCCCUCUUCCUUCAUUCCAUUUCCCAAAACAAUCCCUUUUCUUUCACGUGUUCCGAAACGUAAGAUAUUUGUUCUCUUCUUUUUUUUUGUCCCACUCCUUCCUUCAAUCAAGCCUUUAUCCCAAUUUGUCUUUUUCCCUCCGCCUUCUUUAUAGGUUUCGAGACUCGAAAUUUCGGUCAUGGUGCUAUAAUAUCUGUACAUAGAAAGAUCACUGGCAUAAUCGAUACGUUAUGAUUAAUAAUAUUAUUGCGGUUAAAGUCCGAUUAUUAUUGCUGAUCCUCUCACUGCUAUUAUCAUCAUCACCGAUAUGUUUAUUAUCGUUAUUGCUAAUUAUUAUAAUUAUUAUUAUUGAUACAGAUAUUAUUAUUAUUAUUAUUGCAUUGAUUGUACUUAUUAUUGAUUAUAAUCUAUGAUUAUUAUCUAUUAUAAUCUAUCUCUCGACACUACCGUCAGCGGCGCUAUUUAAGUCAGGCGAAUGCGAAGAAAGGCAAACGCUAGGAAGAUAAGAAGGUCCGGACGGUUUUCGAAAUACUUGUACGUAUUCCGCCCGCAGUUGCUAUAAGAUUACGUAACGAUAAUUCUUCUGUUUGAUAUCGAUUCCCGAUUAUACAUGCGCUGUCGCACGCAUUAUGCAUGCCCGUUCUCUUCGACACAUUGAAGAUAACCAAACGUACAUACACAAGUAUACAGGAUGGCCAGAAAUUCGCAGCGGUGGAAUUUUUUUGACCGACGUGGAAUCAAUUAAUCCUCUAACUUGAUUCAUCGAAGAAAAUGCAAUCAAACUCCGUGUUGUUUUCGAAUCUUAAAUAUUCGACGAACACUUCUAGAGAUUUUGUGUGAACUGAACCGACUUGAAAUUAGCAGGAAAGUAAGAGUAAAACUUACGCAGAAAAUUCUAUAUACUUUUAAAUUAAACGAAGAGCACCAGGCGUUUCGAUACUUGUGUCGAGGAAAAUCAAUUUUGAACUAAUCAAAGAAUUUCAUCGUUUUAAAUUUUGGCACGAAUUUAUGUCUAUCAUGUAUACGUCUAAAGACGCUUGACAAGAGAAGUAUAAGCAGUGUUCGAAAAUAAAACCGUUAACAAACCGCAAAAGAAUUUCACUCAAUAUUCGUACGUAUGAGAUCAACGUUAUCGGCAAAGCUUUCAAUUCGUAUCGCAAAAAUUAAUAAGAAAAAAUCGAUUGCACUUGACAGAAACACACAAAUUGUUGCUGAACUUUUAACUCACACUCUUUUAUCAAGCGCGCCUUAGAUGUAAACGGUGGUCAACAUAUAAAUAGUGAACGCUACUUGUCUUUUUUAAUAAAAAUUUUCGAAAUAUGAUUUAAAGAGGGAUGCAUAUCGACAUAUAAUUGCCACAUUAUUAAAGCACUUGAUCGAAUAAAGUAUUAUAUAAGUAAAUUUCAUCUCUAAACACAAAAGAAUGAUGAGUUGUAAUGAAUAUUUGUUCCUAUUUACGUGUUUAUCACGUAUGUGCGCGCGCAUACACACACACACACACACACACACACACACACACACACACACACACACACACACACACACACGCACGCACGCAUAGAGUGUCAUCGCACAUUUUCUCGCGAUUAUAAAUUCAGUGAGCAUUUAAAUGAAUUUAAAUGAUCCAGCAAAAGUAAAAUCGUUCUGUUUCAAUGCAAUCUGGCUAAAUUCAGCCUUAAAACUUUAUUGAAGUAAAAUUCACUUAAAAUUAUAUCUACAAGGAAUAAAUUAUCAUCCGUUCGGAUAUUUUUCAAAAUCAACCAGUGAAAGAUACGAAAUUUUAUGAGUUUGUGAUUUUACACUUUUUACUCUUCUUAAUUGUAAUUUAAUUGUUUAUUUUGCCUAGAUAUUGAAAGAUUUCUCAAGAUAAAUAGAAAUGUUUCGCAAUUGGGGGAAAGUGUGUAUGUGUGACGCUUGGAAUACCAUGUACACAUAUACAUAAUUAACGAAGACGACGACGAUGGCCACAACAAGGAUAACGGCGGAAGAAGUCGGCGUGCCAAGGAAGGCGGGAAUUAUUCUUAAAAAAAUAUGUGUAUACAUAUAUAUGUAACGUGUAUGUAUAUAUAUAUA